AUGUCCACCAUUCUGGUCACCGGUGGCUCUGGCUUUGUGGCCUCCCACUUGAUCCUGAAACUCUUGAACGAUGGACACACCAUCCGAGCUACCCUCCGAAGCCUUUCAAAAGAGCAAUACGUCAGGUCGGCCCUUCAAAAAGCUGGGGCAGUCAACUUGGAUCGCCUAUCGUUCCACGCAACCGACCUUACUGAGGAUAGAGGCUGGGCAGAAGCCAUCCAAGGCUGUUCAUUUGUUCAUCAUGUUGCAUCACCCUUGCCGGCACAAGAAGUAAAGGAUGAGAAUGACUUGAUCGUACCGGCAAGAGAGGGGACUUUGCGUGUUCUCAAGGCGGCACGAGAUGCUCAUGUCAAGCGGGUGAUAUUCACCUCCUCAUUUGCUGCGAUUGGAUUUGGAUACAAGGAUCGACAAGAACCGUUUACUGAAGCCGAUUGGUCCCUCUUGGAUGGCCUGCCGGCAUACCACAAGAGCAAGGCUCUGGCAGAAAAGGCUGCCUGGGAGUUUAUCGAGGCUGAAGGAGGGGAUUUAGAGCUCAGCGUGAUCAACCCAGUCGGCAUAUUUGGUCCAAUUUUGGGCAACGACAUGUCCGCCUCAAUCGACCUUAUCAAGAAGCUCAUGGACGGAAGUAUCUCAAGAUGCCCUAAGACGUACUUCAACGUUGUGGACGUACGCGACUUGGCAGAUCUCCAUAUCCAGGCUAUGCUGGACCCUGCGGCAAAGAAUGAGAGAUUCAUUGCGAGCUGCGACGGCAAGCCUUUGGCACUUAUCGAUGUUGCUCGGAUCAUCUCGCAAGGCCGAGCUGAAAGGGCGAAGAAAGUUCCAACCGCUGAGUUGCCUUCGUGGGUUGUUAGGCUGGCAGCAAUAUUUAGCCCGGCGGCUCGACAGAUGGUGCCUGUUCUUGAUGUCAUCAGACCUCUCAACAAUGAGAAGGCGAAGAAGGUACUUGGAUGGACGCCGAGGUCUGUUCGAGAUACUAUUAUUGAUACUGUUGAUAGCUUGGUUGAUCAUGGUAUGGUCUGA